GUACGGGGCUGGGCGCUGGGCAGGUACGGGGCCGGGCGCUGGGCAGGUACGGGGCCGGGCGCUGGGCAGGUACGGGGCCGGGCGCUGGGCAGGUACGGGGCCGAGCGCUGGGCAGUUACGGGGCCGGGCGCUGGGCAGGUAGAGGGCCGGGCGCUGGGCAGGUACGGGGCCGGGCGCUGGGCAGGUACGGGGCCGGGCGCUGGGCAGGUACAGGGGCCAGGCGCUGGGCAGGUACGGAGCCGGGCGCUGGGCAGGUACUGGGCCAGUCGUUGGGCGCAGAACGGAGGCCGGGCGCGAGGCUAGGUACGGGGCCGGGCGCUGGGCAAGGGACGGGGCCGGGCGACGGGCUAGGUACGGGCCGGUCGCGGGCUAAGUACGGGCCGGGCGCGGGCUAG